AUGCCACCAAAUACCAUAUCCUCCGCUCUGAGAGCUAUCACACGCCGUCCCCUGAGACCACUUGCCCCGCGGCGCAGUGUCUUCUUACCCGUAACCUCUUUGCGCCACUACUCUGAUGUUCCGCCAUCAAGCGUUCCCCCAGGAGUCGAGACACCAAAAAUCGAAUCCCCAAAAGCUUCAACACACAAAAGGCCACUACAUGGGCCGCAAUACACGGAAAAUAGCACCCACCAGUUCUUUCAACCCAAACCCGUCAAACCCGAGUACUGGAUAACAUUCACAUGCACCCCAUGUAGCCACCGAUCAUCGCACAAAAUCAGCAAACAAGGCUAUCACCGGGGCAGUGUUCUCAUUACCUGCCCUGAAUGCCGGAACAGACAUGUCAUCAGUGAUCACCUACAGAUAUUCGGGGAUAAAAAUAUGACCAUCGAAGAUCUAAUGAAGGAGCGCGGGCAGCUCGUGAAGAAAGGAACGCUGAGUGAAGACGGGGACUUGGAAUUCUGGGAGGAUGGAACGACGACCCCGACUACUUUCCGCACGGAAGCUAAACAGAAAGCGAUUUUGGAUGAGCAUUUUGCGAAGAUAGGUCGGACGAAUGAGCAGAACACUACCAAAGACCAGGGCGUCGAGGAUGUGGAGGAAGAUCCUGGGAUGGCUGGACGAUAG